GCGAUAUUGAGUUGAUAGUGACUCGCUUGCCUUUUCAAUAACACUUCGGACUCGAGAUCCAAAAGUUCUGGCUGAGCGAGAAGCGCUUCACCUCAGAAGACUUUCCUCAUUCAAAGAGUGCAGGGCAGAACAAUGUGGCUAGCGCGGACCCUCCUCGCUCUGGCACUCCUUUGCGCACCAGUUUCCAGCCUCUGCUUACCAACAUACGACCCCGAGCCCAACUUUCUCUGCAACAACGAGGUGUUUUCCGAGGCGAAUGAUAAGAGGCAGCCGACGAACUCCCUGCUGGACAGUGUAAACCUCCUCUUCAAGUCAGCUCACGCGCUUUCCUCCGAGGAGCCGCGCGAGAGGAGGACAACUCCCGCGUCCAAAUACAGAUACUUGAGCCAGACGCAGCUUAGAAGUAAACUGUACCGCAACAGUGCGAAGAGCGACCGACGCAGCCAGGUCACUCUAUCCCUCGACGUGCCCACCAACAUUAUGAACAUCCUCUUCAACAUUGCCAAAGCCAAGAACCUGCGCGCGAAGGCGGACGACAACGCGCGUCUACUUGCGCAGAUUGGAAAGAGAAAAUGAACUCUGUGUUCGUGUCACCAAUUUGACUUGAGCAUUUUUGUAUCCACUUGAGGCAUGUUAUCUCAAUAAAGUUUGUUUUUUUCAGGUGCAUAUAGGCUAGCAGAUUAGCAAUACUGGACAUGAAUGGAACUUCAAAAGAUUAUACAGAGGUGAUGUAAAUGGGUUUUGAUUUAGGAGGUAGGCUGCCCAUUACAGCACAUAAUGGUUUGGUCUUGAUACUUACGUUUGUUUGAUUGUUUGUGUUGUUUAACCGGAAAAAUUGACUUAUGACAUCAUGACUGGAUUUUGAAAACACAAUUAUUGUUUUGAAACUCGAUUUCAGUGCUAAAUUUGUGAGAUUGGAGUAUCAAUUUGUUUAUUUAUUUAAUUAUUUGACUGUUUAUUUAUUUAUGUAUUUAUUUUAAUAUUUAUUUAUUAUUAUUUUUUUUGCUCUGUGAAAGAAAAUACUACCGUUACUAUCUCUAUUCAUCAGCACAAUUUACCUAUCUCGGAUCGGAUGAAUGUCAAUUAAUUUUGAAAAAUGUCAUAUGAAUAAAAAUACACGGCUGAAGGGUUGGAUGUAAGUUCAGAAAACUUUCUGUUGAUGAAACCGACAGUUGAAUAUUUUUGUACUGAAAAUAAUUAUUUUAUCGUUUAAUAAAUAAAUAAAUGCAAACGAAACUAAA